AUGGUCCGAACUCGAUCGCAGCCGAUCUCCCCAGGCGGCCUUAGGUCCCUCGACGAUGUGCUUCCAAAGCGGAAAACUGCUACCAAGUCCUCCGCCAAUAGCACCACAGAAUCUGCAGCGAAAACUGCCAAGACGACGAACAAGGUUACGAAAAACGCGUCUAAAUCGAAGGCACCAAAAUCCAAACGCGCCCCCAAAAAAUCUUCAAAGUCUCAGAAAGGGAAAGCGAAAAAGGGCGAUUUAAAAUCUCAGGAGCCCGUCAGUGAGAUCUUGGUGGAGCCUAGCCCGCAGACACCUUGCCCACCUAAGAGUGAACCAAUUGUCACUCCACCUACUAAAAGUGAGCCAUAUCUUUCUUCUUCGCAUGUUAUGUCCUUUUCUACGCCCCAAAAGAACCCGGAUAGCAGUUUGGAUACUCAACCAAACACUGGCCCCCCCAAUGAAGGUGAUUUGUUGUGCUCUUCUUCUGCCUCGAGGCUGCUGCUGGCAGGUGCCAUGAAGUCUGGUCGAGUUACGGGGCAGGUGCCAAUUCCAAGGGUGCCUGCCAUCCCGCGGGUGUCCGCCUUCCCCAAGCCCCAGUUCCUCUGCCGGCCUGCUUCAGUCUUUGCUACGAGGGAAGGGUCUCCUGGCCUUGUGCCACGGAGUAGGGGCCCCGCGAGGUUCCAGGCUGGCCCGACUCCUUGGCUGCGCCAUGCAGUCCUUACUCAGGCUGAAAAACGCCUGGGCGCUUCAGUGGGCUCAAUUCAACAUGAGCCCAUGGCACAGUCGCCUGUUCCGUCGGCCAAUUUUGAAGGCCAGGGUUCAGGGGUUCCCGUUGGUGCCACUUGGCAUUCGACCAUUUUUACCCCCCCUAGUACGCCAGGGGCUAGUUCAAAUGGUCACUCUCAAGUCAGCCCGCCUAGUGACCCAAUGGAUAUUGAUAUCAUCCCUGUUGUUACGGAACCCGAGCUUUCUCCCUGUUCAAGACGGGAAUAUGCCCCAACGUGUCCUUGUUGUUCUUCUGUUUUAGUGUGUCCCAAUGGCCACGUCAUUUGGCCUAACCCUCAAGUUCACCAAGUAUCACGAAACACAACGCUAACUGAGUCAAAUCCAGCUUGCCCCAACACCGAUGACCGCAAGAGAAAGCGGUCCGACGACACUUCGGGAACCGCCACAACUCCCGACAACAAGAAACCUCGGGUGGAGGAAAGGCCAGAAAGCCCUUUUCUCAUUUCUGCACCCCGCCGUCGUGAGCUCCGAGCGGCAACCAUGGCCCAGCACAAGGGCCGGCAAGUUAUUCCAAUUGCCAAACGGCGCUCACGACGAACGGCGGAGCAGAAAGCCGCUGGCCUAGCCGCACAGAACAAGAGUGCCGGGCCGACAAGCGAAAAGGGCCAACAAAGGCCGUCGGUCGUCGAGGAUAUUCCGACACCGACACGGACGCCGCUCAAUGCCCUUGAGGCAACCCAAAUCAAUGGGUUGCCUCCUGGUGUUGAUCGGGUGUCUGUUAAAGAAGGUGCCAUGGAUCCUUCUACUCCAUCCAGAGGCUGGGGCAUUCGAAGUCUGUUGAGCUCGGUUCCCCGUUCAAUUUCCAGACUUCUGUCGUCCUUCGGUGAAUAUAGGGCAACCCCAGGACCUACGACCCCAACACCCCAAAUGCCCGACAUUUCCUCCCCACUCGUCUCGGAUGCGGAAAUUGACGUUCACCCUGCUUCACCACAACCUAUUACCUCAGAAAACACCUCGGAUUCACCGAGUAUAACCACUGAGGCUACGUCCGAUCCUACCUCCCCACGAAUCGCUCCUACGCAGUUGACGUCGGAUACGACGCCAUCCAUCAGCAAGACAAAACCACCUCUUGUGAAGCCUGCUUCUGAAGUUUCUGGUCCUUCCCUCACCGAAUCGCUGACAGCUCAUCCACAAAACAACGCUCAAGAAGAGUCGAACCCCUCUCACCCCGACUUAACGUAUUCAUUGUUCCCCCCUCCUUUGGAUCGGAGUUUCUUUUUCCCACCCAAUCAAGCUAAUGUAGCUGACCCGCCAACUUCUAUUCCUCCUCGUACUACCACAAACAGUACUAAAUCCGUUGAGGCACACCCUGUUAUUGAGGCCUCGAAGCCAAAGAGAAAACGGUCUCCUUCCCCCGACGUUAUUCCCAAUCCUCCGGGCUGUAGUUACGGCAUGUAUAUGAAAUAUUUUGGUUAUGGCACCGAUAGUGAGGUAUCAGACGAGGAAUGGCUCAAGGAAGCGGAUCGAAGAGACAAGGCGCGAAGAAAGGAAUUCGAUGAAGAAGUGCGAAAGAGGAAAGCUGCCUCCCAAGUUGCCCGUGCAUCGAAACGUGUUCGAUUUGAUGUCAGCCCCCAAGAUACUCCGUCAAAACUUCGUCUUCAGCAGGUCACAGCUACCACCGGCUUCCUGACACCUUCUCGCAACGCAAUUGGUCCGAGUCGUUUGCGUGAGAAUGACAUCGCACAGCAGGCCUCCCCGUCACCUGAAGUAUCAUUGCACUCUAGUCCUGUUGAUGAUCGCCUCCCGGAGACUCGUUUGGAACCCGCCCCCCGCACCUUCAUCCCAAACCCAACGGGAACUUACAAGUUAGACUACGACUUGUUUUCUAGCAGUGACGAAGAAGAUAUUGAAGAGAAAGCCCCUCCCACAAAGAUACUAGUUUCGCCCACAAAAACAUCUGUGAGGACCGCCAGCUCUGAGUUAAAUUGGCCGUCGCCCAUCCCGUUUACCCCCGUGUCUGGAACUCCUCUUAAAGGACCUUGGCCCAACCAGUUCGGCCGUGAAUUCAGCCAACUUAAAGGGAGAUUCGUUGUAUAG